UACAGGGAUGACCAGAGACUGCGGACACAGUACAGGGAUGACCAGACUGCGGACACAGUACAGGAGAUGACCACAGACUGCGGACACAGUACAGGAGAUGACCAGAGACUGCGGACACAGUACAGGGGAUGACCAGAGACUGCGGACACAGUACAGGAGAUGACCAGAGACUGCGGACACAGUACAGGGAUGACCAGAGACUGCGGACAGUACAGGGAUGACCAGAGACUGCGGACAGUACAGGAGAUGACCAGAGACUGCGGACAGUACAGGGAUGACCAGAGACUGCGGACACAGUACAGG